UCAUAAAAUUAGAGAAAAUCGAAAAAACGCGGGAAAUGUCUACUUUCAUUUUGAGAUCUGGUGUUUUGAUUUUGUCCUUUGGCAUAGCAUCAGAAAUCUUUUACCAAAUUUACAAAAGACUUAACUCAAGAAAUAAAGGAAACAGAAGGAAAUUUCCAAAGACAGAAGUUUUAUUUUUCCCUGAUGAAACAGUUGCAUGUAAAGCAUACUUCACAGAUGAUUACGGUUGUAGAAAUUCGAACUGUCGUUUCUCCCAUGAAGAUAAUUCAUUGAGCAAACUUUUUACGUAUUUAAUGUCUGCUAGAACAUCAAUUGAUGUAUGUGUAUUUGUGAUAACUUGCAAUGAUCUUGCUGAGUUACUUAUCAAGUCACAUAAAAAAGGUGUUGUGGUCAGAGUCAUUUCUGAUAAUGAACAAGUAGAUGUGUCUGGAUCACAGAUUUGGAAGUUUAGAAAAGCAGGUAUUCCUGUCAGGAUAGACAACUCCUCCUUCUUUGUGCAUCACAAGUUUGCAAUAAUUGAUAAAGAACACCUCAUGAAUGGAUCUUUCAACUGGACACAGAAGGCCAUAACAGGGAACCAGGAAAAUAUACUCAUCACUAAUAAUGAGAAUAUUGUGUUGCCAUUUAUAUCAGAAUUUGAAAAGUUGUGGUUAAAAUUUGAUCCAAACCAGAAUUAAUUAAUGAGUCAAAAAAAAUAAUAUGUGUUAUUUAUAUCAAACUCAGUCAUUUUUAUGUGAUACAUUCAUUAUA